CCUCGCUUGAAUUGACCGCCGCUUGUUCCACACACUCGAAGUCUCGUCAGGUCUUGUCAGUGUUCGUAAUAUUCUUUUGACUUGUUGACGUGCCGGUCAGAUUCUAAAGAUGAAUAUCUUUUUACUUGGAUUUUGGAUUCUCAGUUUCUUGUGUGCGGUUUCUUAUAUCUACACACGGACGACACUGUCAACGAUUACUGAAGUUGGAUUUGUGCAGUUUCAGCGAGCAUACCUCGUCGUAUAUUUGCUGGCAAUGGCUGGUGACUGGCUACAGGGGCCUCACGUGUAUGCCCUGUAUGAAAGCUACAACAUGACCCCCCAUCAGAUUGAGAUCCUCUUUGUGGCAGGCUUUGGCUCCAGCAUGAUCAUCGGCACAGUGGUUGGCUCUUUUGCUGACAGAUAUGGGAGACGGGCCAACUGUAUUCUGUAUGGAGUGUUGUAUGGACUUGCUUGUGUAACUAAGCAUUUCAACAACUUCUGGAUCCUGAUGGUAGGGAGAUUUUUGGGAGGUAUGGCAACCUCCAUCCUUUACAGUGCCUUUGAAUCCUGGCUCGUCUAUGAACACAACAAGAGAGGAUUUGAUCAGGAUUUACUUGGCAAUAUCUUCAGCAAUGCUAUUCUUGGCAACUCUCUGGUGGCCAUUGUGGCAGGUCUUGUUGCACAGUUCUUUGCUGAUCAGUUUGGAUUUGUAGCUCCAUUUGAUUUAUCUAUGGCAGUGUUGAUCAUUAUGAUUGUAAUCAUCAUAUUCUCCUGGCCGGAGAACUAUGGUGACAAGACCAGCAACUUCAAACAGUCAUUUUCCAAUGCCUUGCAUUCCAUUAGAACAGAUAACAAAGUGCUGUAUCUUGGUUUGAUCCAGUCAUUAUUUGAGGGUUCCAUGUAUGUGUUUGUACUGGAAUGGACCCCAGCACUCACACCCAAGGCACCUGUCACAGGUGCUGCUGCUAAACGCCACCUACUGGAGGAUAACGAAGGACAUCACGGGACAAUUCCACAUGGUCACAUUUUUGCUGCAUUCAUGGUGGCUGUGAUGUUCGGCUCAUCUGUUUUCAAAGUUUUGUCCAAAUUCACAUCUAUAGAGUCAUUUAUGAGACCCGUGCUGUUUACGGCUGCCCUUACUCUGUUGACACCUAUACUGUUCCCAGGGAACCAAGCAGUCAUAUUCUCAGGCUUCUUGGUGUUUGAGAUGUGUGUUGGGAUCUUCUGGCCCUCUCUUGGCACAAUGAGGGGAAAAUAUGUACCUGAAGAAACCCGAGCCACCAUCAUGAAUGUUUUCCGUAUUCCUCUCAACCUGCUUGUUGUUGUCAUCCUCCUGCAAAACCUGCAAAUGAACACCAUAUUCCUGUGUUGUGUGUUUUUCCUAUUCCUGGCUGCAUUUUUCCAGCACCUACUGUUCCAGUCAUAUGAGAAGAUUAAAAUCAGCAGCCCUACUACGGAUAGUGCAGUAGUUCAGCUGAAGACAGCACUGAAGGAGGAGGAGGCAGGCAUCACAGCAGCAGCAGCAGCAGGAGACAGUAAGCAGAAGGAGCAAGUGGUGUAAGCCCCUUCCUCCUGCUGCUCACUUAACUUACCUUUCUCCACAAGUGAGCAUAUCAGCUAUUGCCUGGAGAAGGUUCGAGCUCAAGAGGGUUGUUAUGAGGGGUGCUUAUUGGUUAGUUGUGCAUCUUACAGCACAUGUAGUCGCAAGUUAAAUAAACCAUUUGUUUAACCAUAGAAAAAAAUUUAAUGGAAGCUAUUUUACAUGUGUAUUUGGGGGGAUAUUGCUCAAGGUAUACAACCCAAAACUAAUGGUAUAGAACAAAUGGGUGAAUCAAUAUCCUGCCAUAACAUUUGUUGAAGCUGUUU